GGGUGGGGAGACAGUGGGAGCCGAAAUCCUUUUCCCUCUCAUACUGUGAGAACGCUUAGAAUCGCUUCUCUCCAAGUGGACGCGCGUCGGUUUGGUUUCAGAACCCGAUUGAUUCGGCCGUGUCCGCGCAGCGCAGUCCGUCCGUCCGUCCCCCCGCUUCUUAGCAAGAGCACCGACUUGCAUUUUGUCUGUGGCAAUGGGACCAUAAAGGAACAAAUUCCAUCGCAUUGAAAAAAAUAGAAGUAAACAAAUACAACCAGUGAAGACACCUCACAAAAGAAGUGGACAUGGAGACGCGCAGAGGAGAUACGAUAUAACAGAUCGGACAAAACACAUCUAGCAUUUACUUCUCGACUUGAACACUUUUUGUUUCCAAAAGGUUAUAGAAUUUUUCUUUUGCUAGAUUUCUUAGUUACACACAAGCAUGAACCGAAAAGAGAUGAGGUCGUGUUUGAGAUGCUGGAGCGUGCCGAUGCUCUCUGUCCUUCUGCUUGUCUUCUUGAAACCGCUGUUUGCACAUGGUAACUCUGUGGUGGGAAAUGAAACUGAGGUUGAUAGUGCUGUUAAUGUGACCUCCUUGUCUACCGGGAAUGAGAAGGAGAAGAUAGAGGAGGUGUCACAGUUCACCAACUUGUCCAGCUCCUUAGACCCGACUCACACCGGACGAAAGUUUAGAGAUGAAGAAGCAGGUAGUGGCAUGCUGGAAGAGGUCUUCUUGCCAACUCCUGGAACUCCAACUUCCAGUGAGGGAGCCACAACUACUUUGGCAAGCCCAGAUAACAGCCUCGACUCUACAGAAACUGAACUCUUGCCUGUCAAUACCUCCUUCGUGAAGGAGCAUGUCAUCUCCUUCAAGGAGGAAGAGGAAGAGGAACAGGAAACGGAAGAGGAAGUGAGGCAGCAAGUGCCUACACUACCAUCCUGGCAAGAUGCUAAAGGAGACAUGGAGACCACUGUGUUUGACCUCGACCAUGAGACAUCUCCCACAACCCCAUCCCCAACUCAUCCCCCUUCCCCGUCCGACGUCACCGUAGAUUUCUUUGACUCUGGAUCCCGCCGCACGAACCUUGGCCGACUGACUCUUUCCCCACACGAGCUUCAGGGCCGUGACCCCACCUCCUGGUCCAUGCCCGAAAAUUAUGACUACAUGACGCCCUACGACGACAGUGUGUCUCCCACCACCGACGAUUACCCCUACAGCAGCACUACUGACUCUUACGAUGAUGACAUCUCCACUACUCCUCCUUCCAAACGCUUCCCUCCUCGAUUGCCCUCCAACCCCGUUUUCACGCUCCCCAAAGGAGCCACUGUGGGCGAAGGCCCCCGUGCUCCUCCCGGUGUGGUUGACUCAGUUAACGGCUCAGAGUGUCGGCAGGGCUUUGUCCGCACCAAUGGCUCCUGCAAGUCCCCAUGUGACCUGCAGCCCAACUACUGCUUCAACGGGGGCCAGUGCUAUGUUAUGGAAGGAACCCAAAUGUUCUGCAGGUGCAACAUCCAGGACUACAUGUGGCACAAGGGUGCCCGCUGUGAGUCGGUCAUCACGGAGUUCCAGGUAAUGUGCAUCACCAUCGGGGCCUCCGCUUUCAUGGUGCUCCUGCUCUUCAUGGUCGUCGUUUGCUUUGCCAAGAAGCUGCACGUGCUCAAGACUGAGAAUAACAAGUUGCGCAAGCGCAGCAGUAAGUACCGUCCUUCCUCGGAGCACCACAAUGAUAAUUUCUCGUUGUCCACCAUCGCUGAGGGCUCCCAUCCAAAUGUAAGGAAACUUUGCGACACCCCUCCUAAUCUCCCUCAUGCCCGUGCUUUGGCUUACUAUGAUAACAUUAUCUGUCAGAAAACCAUGAGCAGAUACACCUGGGAGUGUAAGACCAAAGAGGAGCCCGACUGUGAGGAUGAUCCUAAUACCCAGAACAAGCUGGAGGACCCCGUGAAGGCCCCCCCACCGAAAGAGGACGAGUCGCUGAACAUCCAGAACUCGCUCACCCCUAAGCAUGAGAACCAUAAGGUGCUGGGCGAGGAGAACUCUUCGGAGGUAAACUCGCUGCAGAACAACAUGAUGUAGAACAGAAACAAAAGCACCCCACGCAACCACGUCCACGAUCACUUAAAGCAUCGAGCAGCAGACACUACGAGCAGCCACACCCACCACACCAUCAGCACACGACAGAAAACAU